ACAGUUUCUUAAACUUUGUGUGAGUUGAGAUCGUUGGCCAUGGUGCUCGGAGGUGGGUACCAGUGCUGUACCAGUUCUUUCUCCUUUCUGAAGAAGAACUGCCUGGCCCCCGCCCUUACUUCUCGUCUUCAAUUUAUCAACCCGGUGCUUUGAAGUAUCUUUUGUCGAUCUCGAGUUACGGGUGUGGAAGGUCAAUGCACCGAGCCAGGGGACUUGAAAUCGGAUGACUGUCCGACCCACUCGGCUGCUCAAUACUUGCAGCAUGCAUGCACUGUCCCAGCUUUGCCCGCCCUGGGCGACAGAGCAGUUGAAGGAUGGCUCCAGGCAUGAAAUUCCUGAUGCAAGGAUGGGAAGCAUGCACUCUGGUGGUACAGGUAGGCGAAGCGAGGAUGUGUGAGGAGGCGGAGGAAGAGAAGUUCGGGUCGUUCACAACAACAGGAUCAGCGACGACGACAUCAGAAAGGACCACCGAGAUUCGUCCAUAAAAGAAGCCCCUAGGCCUUCCAGUUCCACAUUCACGAUGACAACAGCGAGUGGCCGUCGCACUUGCCAAAUCUAACUUGCUCUCGACUGCUUCGAUCUUCUCGCCUGGCGUGCGGCCUUAGAUUCGGCUAGAGCAGUUCUCGAAUUCUGUGGAAUUCUCCCGUAGUUGACUGUAUCCGUCCAGCAUCACCAUAUCAGUACAAUGCAGUGAGGUAUCAGAUUGCCAGCAUCUUCGCUUUGAAUUCAGCUCCGGGGCACCCGAAGCAUCGACCUGCCCUUGUAACAUAGACGACAUUGUCACCGAGCCCACGAAGAUGCAUGUCCUGGCCCUCGCUCGAGCUGGCACUGCCGCCCGAUGGCAGCUGCUGCCGAUCCUCGUGCAGCUGGUGAUUCUGAGCUCCGACAAUGCACGAGCAGAGUUGACAGGAGACCUGAAUUCCCUGGGCUAUGAAGUCCAGCUGAUGCACAUUGACCAUCAGGACUCGCCACGAGCUGGAUUGAAUUCGGACCUGCGCGAAUCAUCGACAUUUCUCAGUCUCCGAGAUCGCUAUGCUCGAGCAGCCGAGCGCAGCAGAGCUCGGGUCAGAUCGUUGCAGCUGCAGCUGCAGCUGGCCCAAAGAGCACGGUCGAAGUACGCACCGCAGGAGGACGAGACGGAGGGAGCACCGAGCUCGAGCGCGGGGAUUUCGCCCGUCUUCUCGCAGAUGGGCGAGUACAUCAUGUACUUGACGCUGGGCACGCCCCCGAAGAAAUUCACGGCCAUUCUGGACACUGGCAGCGAUUUGGUGUGGGUGCAGUGCAAGCCGUGCAACGAUUGCUUCGAGCAGCCGGACCCACUCUUCGAUCCGAGCAAGUCUUCGUCGUUCCGCCAAGUCGACUGCGACAGCUACUUCUGCCGCUCGCUCCUGCUCUCGACCUGCGCCGACGAUCUGUGCAAGUACAGCUACGGCUAUGGAGAUGGCUCAUACACUGAUGGCAGCCUGGCGCUCGAGACCAUCACGCUGACAGACUCGCGCCGCAAGCGCCAAUCCUUCCCCAAUUUCGCAUUCGGCUGCGGGUCCAACGACGCAGGCGAUUUCUCGAGCUCUGAUGGGCUCGUGGGGCUGGGCCGUGGGGCGCUGUCGAUGAUGACGCAGCUUGCGCCCAAGCUCGGGAAUCGAUUCUCCUACUGCCUCGUGCCAUUCCGCGAUGCUGUAAGCAAGACGAGCCCGCUGACCAUCGGCGGAUCGCAGCCGGCGGAGCUCAUGGCGGCCAUGAGCUUCACAGCGCUGAUCAGGAACAAGGCUGCGCCCAGCUUCUACUACGUGCAGGUCGAGGAUCUGAGCGUGGACGGGACGAUGCUGAAGGUCUCGAGGGCGGCUUUCGAGAUCGAUCGCUAUGGCAGCGGCGGCACCAUCGUCGACUCCGGCACCACGCUCUACUUCCUCACAGACGAGGCCUACGACCCUCUGAAAGCUGCGCUCGAGCCUCUGAUCGCGUACCCGCUUGUCGAUGCGUCCGAGCUCGGAUUCGGGCUGUGCUACAAUCUGUCCGCGGUCGAGGAGCCCGUGUUCCCGUCCAUCGCUGUCCAUUUCACCGGCGCCACGCUCGAUCUCCCGCAGGCCAAUGCCUUCGUGCCCAUCGACGACGCCGGCACCACCUGCCUCGUCAUGAUCCCCACCUUCGGCUUCUCGAUCCUCGGCAACCUGCUGCAGCAGAAUUUCCUCUUCCUCUACGACCGCGAGAAUUCCCGCCUCGGCUUCACGCCCAAGCAGUGCGAUCAGUGAGCACCCUCUCGUCCCACCCACCGAUCUGUGGGUCGUCCAUCUUCGAUCGGGGUGUGCCACUGCAAAUCACAUGCGCUCCGUAUUGGCACAUUUCCAUUCUCUCAGUCAUGUUAUACUUCUUCGAGCGCUGAAUUCCCAUUCGAUUGGUGCUCGAGCAUUUCACCUCGCCAUCAUCAUCACACGGGGAUGCGUUGCUUUAGCUCUCGGGCUCCUUGCAGCUCGACUGAGCUUGUCUGUGCAUGGCCCAUUCUUACUUGCUUAAAUACUUCCUUCUUACGAGGACAGGGGUUGGGGCUGGGGCUUGGCGUGCGAGCCAGGCUCUGAAGGGCCGCCUCCCACAAUCUGAACGCUUAGCUUUAGCAAAUGAAUUCGUUGGGUGCGAUUUGAGGCAUCUAUUCGAUGGUUGGACAGAAAUCAGAAUGUCGUGAUACCGUCAAUACUUAGGUAGGUAGGUGGCCUCGGGCAAGGCUAGUGUAGACCGGGCUGAGAUCUGAAUUUCUCUAAGCUGGAGCUGAAUUGGGCUAAAUUGACGUAUAUUUUCCAUGGCUUCUGCGUGCAGUGUGCACGUGGUGAUGUGCUGCGCUGUAUGGUCAGAUAGAAUAAAGAUCGGAGUCUUGGUCCGUCCGUGCU